UAACGCCUUAGUAGCAGACUUGAUUUUUUCUUCUCUUUUAUCUGAAAUUUAUAGAUUUUCUGGACCAUAACAUAAUAUUAAGCACUGAUUUAGUAACUUAUAACUAAAGUGAUAUUGUAAUUUCAUUUUGGAUGUAAAAGCCACAAAAAGAAUUUCUCUCAGUAGGAACUAUACUGUCUGAAAAUUGUAGUUUUCAUGCAGUAGUUCCGAACGAAAUAUAUGAGUCACGUAACGGCAGUAUUAAAGACGCGAUUCCAUUGAUAGAGUCUCCCGGUGGAUAUUUAAGUUCUAUCCUUUGUUGUCGGCGCUUAUCUGAUUGAACACAGACAAGCCAAAGAAAGGCUCCAAGAAGAUGCAGACAGCAAUUUUGUCGGGGCUACAAUACAAAGUUGACGAUAAUCCUCCAUGGAUUUCAACUAUUCUGCUAGGCUUUCAGCAUUACCUUAUGUUGUUAAGCUCAAACCUGGCAACUCCGGGUAUAAUGGCUUCGGUGAUUUGUGCUAUUGGCAUUCCCGAAGAAAACCACGUGAAGUCUAUCCUUCUCGGCAACAUGAUAUUUGCUUGUGGAAUUUGUACCCUCGUGCAAACCUUCUUCGGUGCUAGAUUACCAAUAGUACAGUGUCCAGCUUUUGCGUACAUUGUUCCUAUGAUAGCGCUGACCAAAAUAGGACAAUGGAAAUGUGAUGCGAGCAACGUUGAAAAUGGUCUCAACUCAACAACAACUCAUAUGAAUGUAACCAUGGAUGAAGAGAAAGAACAUAUCAAAAGAAUAAAUAUGUUAACUGGUACAAUCAUGGUGGCCGCAAUUCUUGAGAUAUUUAUUGGUUUCAGUGGCCUGGUCGGCGUAUUGUUACGGUUUAUUGGACCAUUGACCGUUGCCCCUACGAUUAUGUUGAUGGGUCUUUCUGUUGCAGAGACAGGCUUCAACCUUGCUGGUCAACACUGGGGUAUUUCUGGAGGUACCAUUGUCCUGAUCAUACUUUUCUCUGAAGUUAUACCGGUGUUUGAAGUCCGUAAUCCAUUUAGUAAAGGACGUGAACAGAAGAUGGAGUUCGUAUUUCAUAAAAUAUUUUCUGUAAUACUGUCUACAUGUAUAAUGUGGUUUCUGUGUUACAUCCUCACGAUUACCGGUGCUCUCCCGGAUGACGACAGCACGUACGGGUAUAACGCCAGAACUGACCUCAGAUUAAACGUCAUAGAUGAAGUUCCAUGGGUCAGAUUCCCUUAUCCUGGUCACUGGGGAGUCCCAACAUUCAACUCCGCGUUUUUUGUUGCUAUGGUUGCUGGCGUUGUUACCUCCAUCAUAGAGAGUAUCGGAGAUUACUACACAUGCGCAAGACUGGCUGGUGCCCUGCCUCCACCACCCGCUGCGGUAAACAGGGGAAUCUUUAUUGAAGGCAUUGACUGUAUCCUGGCUGCAGCAGUGGGCGCAGGAUUCGGAGUGACAUCAUGCAGUCAGAAUAUUGGAGUUAUUAGCUUGACAAAGGUUGGUAGCAGACGAGUAGUUUUGGUAGCUGGGUUUAUUAUGGCGUUAUUUGGCUGCCUGGGUAAAUUCAGUGCCCUGGUUGUAACUAUGCCUGACCCUAUUAUUGGAGCAUCUUUCCUUGUACUAUUUGGUGUAUUGGCAGCAGUAGGGGCCUCUAAUUUACAAUAUGUUGAUCUCAAUUCAUCUAGAAAUCUCGUCGUAUUUGGUAUAUCAUUGUUUCUCGGUCUGGCUUUUCCAAACUGGGUUGUGGCUAAUUCCACACUUAUCGAAACAGGCAACAAUAGCUUAGAUCAAGUGAUAAAUGCACUUCUAGCCAACAAUAUGUUUAUGGGAUGCUUUUCUGCACUGGUUCUGGACAAUGUGAUACCUGGUACGGAUGAAGAGCGCGGUAUCAUAAUUUGGAGAGAAGUUCCUGAUUUCUCUGAUGAAGAAGAUGACGACAUUGAUGAGAUGGACAAUGUUAAUCUCAGUCUCAAAACGUAUGAUCUUCCAUUCGGCAAUAAUCUAAUUAGGAACUGGAAGUGGGGGAAAUAUGUCCCCAUCUUCCCAACAUUUGAUGGGUUUGACGGGUCAAGGUGUCCCUGUAAAUGUCUACAAAGUAAAUCGUUGAAUUCCGAUGAAGAAAUUGAAGUUAUACACAAUGGGUAUGAGGACGAUAGUGAAAAGAAAUCCAAGCUCUCUGAAUUCUGAAUACUCAAUGUAUGCGUUGUCUCAUGUUUAAUAAACUGUGUUCAAGCAUAUAAUUAUAAUAUAUAAACAUUCAUGUAUUGUCAUAUAUAAAUACGGACUCAAUUGUAAUUACUUAUGAAAUAGAAUCACUUGUGAUUAUUUAGGUUUCGUUUUGAUUAAAAAGGUCGUCAAGGCACAAAAACAACGAUAUAUCGCUGGUGUAUAAAAAAAUUCAAACUAAGUGUAAAAAUCAUCUAAAAUAAAAAUUGAUGGAAACAUAUCCAUAGAUUAUUGAAAGAAACGAACAAAAAUUGAAUCUGACCAUGAUAUAUUCAUAUUCACUCGUGAAAUUAUCAAAACUGUAUGUCAAAUAUAUUUGUAAGGCAAAUAUAUAUGAAGUUUACUUUCAAUCAGAAAGUACUUGUGUUCAAGAAAUAUUUAGGUGCUGAAAAAAAAAAUGGUUAUGUUUCACUAAUGUCUUUGCUUAACAAAAUGUCUUUGCUUUGUAUAUUACUUUAUUCCUAUAUGCAUAUUUAUCAAUUAUUUCUAAUCUUGCUCAUUUCAUUUAUUUUAAAUCAAAAGAUGGACACUUUCAUUACAAAAUUCUGUAGGUUAAGAUUGAAAUAUGAACACAGGCGAAAUGAGAAAUCAUGUAUAACAACCCAUGGAAAUAAUAACCCAUCCCCAUCCCGGCCCCCAAUCCCGGCCCCAAAUAUCAUCCAAUGUGAUCAGUGAUUUGGGUUCAUUAACUGUUUGAGGAUCUUCAUUCAUUUUGUAAAAAAACUAUAAUUUUUACUGUAGAUACUCCUUUUUCUUGUAUGUCAAUCAGAAUAUUUUAUACAAUGCAUAUAAACAGAACGUGUGUGUGACGAGUUUCCUCUGCAGUGGCAUUACUUUUAACCGCUGUGAAAUAUAUUUCAGUCGCGAAUUUCUAAACUAGCUCUCAAACCUCAAUUUCAAGUAUGAUUUAAAAUAAAAUAGAGAAAAAUUGAAUCCGUAAAGAACGCCUAAAACGGCAAAAUUGAAAAUGUUGCAGGCUCGAUUGAGUCUGCGCAUUGGCGGCAAUGAUAACUGCAAGGUACGUCCACGCCCCCUAACUCCUUAAUCAGAAAAAAAAUCAGUUUACUUUGUAUCAGAUAAUUUAUAUUAUUUUGAUUAUGAAGUGUUGCCUUCCAAAUUUGAAAUAUUUUGGCAAAGAAUAUAUUUUGAAUGAAAUUACAUGUAUAUGAUAUUUUCAUGCCAGUUUUUACAGUAUAAAUGUUUUAGCCGACAAUUGUAUCUGACUCUAAAAUUGUGUUUACAUGUCUGACAGUCUUUUUUUCCCAUUAUACUCAUAGAUUACUGUAUUACUUAAUAUGACACUGAGCCAGAGUUUGUGAAAUUUAUAAUUAUGCGUGAAGUCUGAUCAGGCUUAAUACUAUUGAAUAUACAUAAUAGUAAGUAAAUACAAAAAAAAAACAUUAAAGGGUUUCCACUGAUGUAAUUUGACAUGAUUUUGCAAGAAUUGUUCACAUUAGGCGAAAUUUUGGACAAAUAAUUUGUAUAGGAACUUUUAAAUCAUUUUAUCAUUCCAUUUAUUUCCAGUAUAAUAUUUCUUGUGCAAAAUGACUCAAAAUAGAGAAGCAUUCAAUCGCUUCGCUCAUAUCAGGCUAAUAUUAGGUUAAUAUCAGGUUAAUAUCGACCAAAAAAAAAAUUGACUUUCAGUUUAAUUCCGACUAUACCUCUCAAUUCUCAUUUGGGCAUUUUUCAAUGGCACCAGUUGAUCUUAGUUAGAACUUUAUUGGUUUUUUUAGAUGUUUUUUUAGAUGUUUUUUUUUUUGCAUCUGGAUAUCGCUGAAACUCCUUUAAACUAUAGAUGGACUGUUCCUAAUUCAAAGUGAGUCAGUAAUGUUAAAGAUCACAUUUAACCUUAGCCGUAUGGUAAAAAUUAGGUUAUGUCGUUGUUUUACUUUUCAGUCGAUUAAUCUGUAUAUUAUUUAAUACAUUGUUUAGCAAUUUUGUUUCCUUUUUGUAUUUUUUAUGUAUAUUUAGCAUUUUAUAUGUAUAUCACAAUUAUUUAUAUAUAUCUUCCGGAUUUUUAUAAAUAAAAAAGUGAAGCUUGA